UUUACGUGAAUUGGGGUGAAUAAACGUGUAUGUAUUACACCUGUUGUAAACCAUUUGGUACCUUUUUUUUUUAUUAUUUUUUUUACCCCCACUUUCCUUUGGCAAGUUUAAUUGAACUUCUUGAUGUCGACUCUAAUCUUGUAGUCUAUUAAUUACCCCCUUUUAUGCUUUAUAUAUUUCACCUUCUUUUUCCUUAUCUUCUACGUUGUUCUCUCUUCGUCAUUCUACAUUUUGCUCAAAAAAUUCGAGAAAUUUUGCUCGAAAAUUUCGAGAAAAGAUAAUAUGUAUCAAAUUGACGACGAUGAUGAUAGAAGAUUUCAUCUCCCACCUCCUCUUUCAAACCAACCCAACAAUGAGAUUAAUUCAUCCCAAUUUGGCAUUAUUUCAUCAAAUCAUAAUAAAUUCUUACCAAAUCUCCACUCUUAUCUUCCACUUCAUGACCUAACAACAUUAAACCCAACUCUCAAUAUUGAUUCACCAUCAUCAUCUAGCCCUAAUAAUAGCAUUAUCAACACUUUAUGUUCAGAUGAUCAAACAACCAAGGAACAAAGCGAGGAACAAGAAAUUAGAAGGCUAAAGAGGAUGAUAUCGAAUAGGGAAUCAGCAAGAAGGUCUAGGCUUCGCAAACGCAAGCAACUUGAAAACCUUCAAUCACAAGUAUUGCAACUUCUCGCAGCAAAUCACCAACUAGCCGAAAAACUCAACCUAGUCAUGGAGUCUAACUAUGAACUUCUCCAAGAGAAUGCUCGGCUUAGGGACGAAUCCAUCUGCCUACGAAACGAGUUGCUCAUGUCAAUGAAAUGCGAUCUAGGACUCGAAGAUGGUGAAUGUACUAGAGCUAAUAAUAAUCAAAUUGCCACUAGUCCAAAUAGCAUCACUAGUUCCAUGGAUGUUCUACGUUAAAAUUGUGAGUUAUAAUAUUUGAGUUAUUUUAAGUAUGAUGAGGCCUUUUUCAUGUUGAAUUAAGAAAACUCUUGUAUAUUUAUGUAAUUGGAAUUUCAUAUCUAUAAUAAUAAUGUAUGUAGUAGCAUAUGCUAUGAUCUUUUAAUAGUCAUAUGUAAGGUUGUAAAGUUAUAUCCAUGUUUUUGUUGCAUUUGAGUUUCUCUAUAUAUGUAUGAUGUUACGAUAAACAAU